AUAGCAGCUGGAGUCCCGUCAGGACUUCACACUCCUGGAAUGAGCUGCUGCAGCUGCAUUGCUCCGGAGGAUGCUGUAGGCAUCCAGGAGUGAGACUUACUGCCCGUCGUCCUUCUCCUGUACCCCUCCUGCUGCUGACCACGGGAACAUGAGGGUUGCUUCUCUCCAGAUCCUGUUUGCUCUGAGGGUCUUGUUCCUGGCAGCUAUGGCUGGAGGGCAACCCAAAGCACCUCUGAAGUGUUCAAAAUGGUGUGUCUCUUUCCACCGUGCCAUAGAUGAGAGGCUGAUAAAGAGCUACCGGAGGACCGAACUCCAGUGCGCCAAGAAAGCCAUCAUAUUUACUACUAAGAAGCUCAGAGAAAUUUGUGCAAAUCCAGAUGAAGAGUGGGUGAAGAAGAUCAUGCGGAAGCUGGACCAGGAAAAGGCCUCGGCAGCAUCCCCACUUCCACAGGCUGCCACCUCCUCUGCAGCAGCGGUGCCCGAAGAGCCCGGCACCUUCCACAAGCACACCAGUCUCCAAGUCCCAGCUCCACCUCCAGCCACUGCUGCCACUGCAGCUUCAGAGAGAGCACCCGUUCCUGCUGCCAGCACAGAGGCGACCAGCAAAUCCACCCCAGCCGUGCAGAACACCACACGUUUCUCUGCAGGGCCAUCCGCCGUGACGUCGGGAGUUGCUACGCACUCUGAAGUCAUUUCAGAAGCAAACAGGGAAUCCUUCACAUCUGUGCAUUUAACAGCUGGCAUGGCCCUUGGCCGACCCACCCCAUACCCCACAGGUCCUGCACAUGGCUCUGACAGCACAGAAGAACCUGUGGGAUAUGCUGCAAAUGCUGCGGGUGAUGCCCAAGGCACAACUUCUACCUCAAACUCAGACCCUGCAUCCGUUUCCAAAGGACUGCACCAUCCUGGUCUUCCUACAAACGACCCCCUGGACCCAGUCAGUGCAAGAGGCAGCCCAUCAGACACUGCUUUUAGGAGUUUUGCUUCAGCUCUCCCUUCCAUCCUUAAGAGCACAGAGGUCGGCAUGGUCCCAUCCACACCAGAAGCUGCUCCAGUUCCUAUCCAAAACCCCACCACUGCUGUAGACAAAGAUCUUUAUGUCCAUGACAACAAAAAUUUCAGUUCCUCUGCAUUUGGUUCUGGGACAUUUGAUCAUUUAUUGCCCUUAGGAAAGCAAGGUCCUCCAGAUAUCUUAGUUUUCACCAGUCAGAUGUUCUCAGGCCAAGCCAGAGCACAGGCUACAAGAAGCCCAAGUGACCCACCUGCACUCAGCUCCUUGUCAGAGUCCCAAAUGCGCUUUGUUAUCCCUGUCACCCUGGCAGGUGGCCUGAUUGCUUGUGGUGUUGCAGCUAUAUGGCUAUAUAUAAAAUUUGGAAUGAGAGCAGAAACAACAUCAAGAGAAAUGGUCGAAGGCUUGCUCUAUCUGAAGGGGGGACACCAAGGCAGUGUCCAUCCAAUGGAAGUGAUCUGAAUGCUGUAUGGCAUGGACAUUUUUGGCCUAGAACAUGUGUGUGCUGCUGCAGGAAAGCCAAGCUUCUGCUGGCCCAGUGACCAGUACAAAGCAGUUCCUAAGAUAGCUGAGAAUUUUCUCAGAGCAGAGUGCUAAAAAAAAUAUACCCUAAGUUCCCAUUGGCCAAUGGCAACAUUUUAGGAGCAGAUGGGAUGUUCCUUUCUCUGGCACCGUUCAGUAGAAAGGAUGUUGCUGUAGUGGGGCUGCUUGCCAAGCGGUGGGCAGAAGCGAAUGUUGGGGAUUUUCCCACAUUCCAUCAUCAUCCAUCUGAGCAGCUUUGUACCCACCCACUCACCCCCUCUGCUGGACUUGGGCUCUGCCGCUGUCAGCAAUCCCAACGCCGAAGCACUGAGUCUGCACUUACAAACUUCCGGCUGCUUCUUUCUUUGCACUUCAGUUCACUGCUCUGUCAGACCUAAACUGAUGCUGGCAGUAAGCUGGGUGCUGGCUCUCCUUGGGCUGAUUGAACACUCCAGUUAAUUGGGUAUUUAAUGACUAGAGCCAGCAGAGGUCGUCCAGCUUUCAGAUAUUAUAUACAUGUAUACACCUGUGUACAUCAGCAGGCCAUGCAGGCACUGUUGCAGUACAAAAGGAGGGUUUUUUUAACCUAAAUUGUUUCUCAUUUUCACACAUCUAGACACUGCGGUGUGUAAGCUGUAUCUUUUAUCCAUGGCCAGCUCCUGAAAGCCCUCAUUUAACUCUUAAUCCAAUAUGACUUUUGCCUGACUUUGUAAAGGUCUCCUCAAGCAUGCCUUGUAGGUAGAGCUACAUACCCAAGGUUCAUAGUGAGGUUACGUAUCAAAGAUUCCCCUCCAACCACUCUCAGUGGAUCAGACCCCAAACUAUAGAUAGAAA